CAGCUCGUGAAAGUUAUAUCUACACUAAAAAUUAUUUCCUUACACAUCGUUGGAAUUUUCUCUCGAUUGUGGUUUAUAGUUCUUAGCAGAUGACAUGGCAGAAGCUCAUUCAGCUGUAGCAUUUAGUUUUUCCAUAACUCAUGAAGGUUGGGAUGUUAAUUUUGAUAGAGAAGUUUUAAAUUUAGUAUGGCAGUCUGGUAUCCGUUCCUGGAAAAAGAGAUUCUUCAGAUUUGUUAACAACUUGAGAAGUGGUGUUUACCCUGCUUCCUUGGAAAGCUUGUGGUUUACUAUAGCUGUGGUAACUGCAAUACACUUUGCAGGUUACAAAGUACCUUAUGACCUUGUUGGAAAAGCUGCACCAUAUAUUUCAGGCUCUUCAGUAUUGGCACACUUAACAGGAUCUUUUAUAGUUGGACUAUUUUUAUGGUUGAUGGUAAUAUAUGCAAUACGAUACACCUUAAAAUUAUUGCUCAUAUACAAAGGAUGGAUAUAUGAAUCAAGAGAAAGGGGGUCUAAUGCUACAAAAAUUACCAAAGCAUGGACCACAUUAGUGAAGUUGUUCUCUGGGUGGCAUAAGCCAAUGCUGUAUAGUUUUCAAGGAUCAUUGCCGCGGCUACCGUUGCCCUCAGUGGAACAUACAAUGAGACGGUACCUACGAAGUGUUCGGCCAUUGCUUGACGAUGAAAAUUAUGCUCGUAUGGAAACAUUAGCUAAUGAAUUCCAAAAAGGUAUAGGUCUGAAACUUCAACGUUAUUUGAUAUUGAAAUCUUGGUGGGCUACCAAUUAUGUUUCUGAUUGGUGGGAAGAAUACGUUUACCUACGUGGACGAUCUCCUAUUAUGGUGAAUUCAAACUUUUAUGGCAUUGAUGCUAUUCUUAUGCAUCCUACUAAAGUACAAGCUGCUCGUGCUGCAAGUUUUAUUUCCUCAUGUUUGCAAUACAGACGACUUAUUGAACGGCAAGAAUUAGAACCGAUAUUGAUUCAAGGAUUGGUACCUCUAUGUUCAUGGCAAUAUGAAAGAAUGUUUAAUACUACAAGAAUACCAGGACGUGAAACAGACAAAAUUGUACAUUAUCAGGAUUCUAAACAUAUUGUUGUAUAUCACAAGGGACGAUACUUUAAAGUUCUUAUUUAUCACAAAAAUAGAAUUCUUCAACCUUGUGAAAUUGAAAUACAAAUGCAACAAAUUCUAAAUGAUAAAUCAGAACCAUCAGAGGGUGAAGAAAAAUUAGCCUCAUUAACAGCUGGUGAAAGACCUGUUUGGGCAAAAGCUAGAGAAGAAUUUUUCACAAAAGGUGUGAAUAAAGCAUCUUUAGAUCUUAUUGAAAAAGCAGCAUUUAUUGUUGCACUAGAUGAUGAACCUUAUAUAUACGAUCCAGCAAACCCAGACAAAUUGGACCAAUAUGGUCGAAUUUUACUACAUGGUAAAGGAUAUGAUAGAUGGUUUGAUAAAUCUUUUACCUUGUGUAUAGGUAGCAAUGGUAGGACCGGCUUCAAUGCAGAACACUCGUGGGCUGAUGCUCCUAUUAUGGGAUCUCUAUGGGAAUUUCUUAUCGCUAAUGAGGUGGAAAUGGGAUAUAAAGAAGAUGGAUCUAAUAAAGGAGACCCAGAGUUCACACCUCCAACUCCUACUAGACUUCAGUGGGAUUUAAAUUCUAACUGCAUAGAUACUAUUGAAGAAUCAUAUCAAGUUGCAUGGCAUUUACUAAAUGAUGUUGAAUUGCGCAUUUAUGUACAUGAUGCAUACGGUAAAGGUUUUAUGAAAGUCAAUUCUAUGUCGCCGGAUGCAUACGUACAAAUGGCCCUUCAGUUGGCAUAUUACCGUGAUUCUGGUAAAUUUAAUUUAACUUACGAAGCUUCCAUGACUAGACUGUUCCGAGAAGGAAGAACAGAAACAGUGAGACCAUGUACAAUUGAAUCUACAGAGUGGGUAAAAGCAAUGGAGAAUCAGGAUGCAACUAUAGAUUUCAAAUAUAAAUUGUUGGUAACAGCAGCAAAACAACAUCAAAAAGGUUACCAAGAUGCUAUGUGUGGUAAAGGAAUAGAUAGACAUCUAUUUUGUUUAUAUGUAGUAUCCAAAUAUUUAGAAGUGGACUCUCCUUUUUUGAAGGUAAGUUUGUGUUCAUUAAUAAAUUUGAAGAAACACCCAAAUUGUAUUUCUGCAGGGGGUGGCUUUGGCCCUGUAGCUGAUGAUGGAUAUGGUGUUUCUUACAUUCUUGCUGGAGAGAACUUAUUGUUCUUCCAUAUUUCAUGCAAACGCAGUUCUCCUAAAACAAAUGCUGCUAGAUUUGCAAAAGAAAUAGAAAAAGCAUUGGAAGAUAUGAAGGGUCUGUUUCUUGAAAUAAAGAAACUGCAAGCUCAAAAGAAUGGUUCUAUGUAAUAA